AUGAGGUUCUCCCAAACAAUUCUGCCCUUGAUAGGCGCAGUAUCGUCGCUCUUUCAACAGACAUACGCACGGUCACAAGCCUCUGAGGCUAUUCGCCAUGUUACGCCAGUCGAUAAUGCCAUCAUCCGUACCCCCUCACACCAAAUAGACCAUCUGUCCAGCUUCGAUGUUACCUUCAACCUACACCAAGAUGGCAAGCGGAUAAAGCUAGAACUCGAACCGAACCACGAUAUCCUCGCCGACGAUGCUUACGUGCAAUACCUAGGCAUUGAUGGUACGAUCAAACAUGGUGAACCGAUCCAGCGACACGAACACAAGGUGUUCAAAGGCCGCGCACUGGUAGGAUCAGGUACAGGGAGGUGGACGCCCGUUGGUUGGGCCAGAAUCACCGUUAAAAGGGAUGGCCAGGAUCCCCUCUUCGAAGGUGCCUUCAGCAUCGACCAUGACAAGCACCACAUUGAACUGCAGUCGAACUAUAUGCACAAGAAGCGCCCGAUUGAUGCCGAUAUUGAGCCGAGGGGCGGAGAGUUUAUGCUCGUCUACCGAGACUCAGACAUGUUCCAGUACACACACAAUGAGCUGAAGCGGUCGCUUGACUCCUCCUCUCCCACUGGCUGUGGGUCAGAUACUCUCGACUACAAUGCCGAUCUAUCCAAUUCUAUCUUCCCAUACGGCGUCGACGCAUCUGACGGGCAGUGGGGUGUUGCCUCGCUGAACUCGCUGUUCGGCCUGAGCAAGCGUCAAUCAGACACCAGCGGCGUGUCCGGAAACACGGGCGGUGUUAACCUGCAAACGACUAUCGGUGAUACCAGCGGUUGUCCCAACACGAAGAAGGUCGCUCUGAUCGGAAUUGCGGGUGAUUGUGCAUUGACCGAAUCAUUUAAGUCUAACAAUGACACCCCCAAGGCCGCUGCUAAGGAUUGGAUCAUUAAUGUUGUCAACACGGCAUCCAGCCUUUACGAAGAGUCUUUCAAUGUGUCGAUUGGCCUGCGAAACUUGACACUUUCCGAGACGGGCUGCACCUCUACAGGUGCUUCUGGUACGCCGUGGAACGUCGGUUGCGACAGCGGCAAUGUUACCUGGCGUCUCAAUGAAUUCUCCAAGUGGCGUGCUCAAAAUGCCGAUAGCAAUGCUUAUUGGACUCUUAUGACUGAUUGCCCGACAGAUAGCGAAGUUGGCGUCUCCUGGAUGGGUCGGUUGUGUUCAUCUGACUUGACCACCGCUGGUGACAGUUCUGUUACCGGUGCCAAUGUUGUUGUUCGCAAUUCUGGUUCCUCCUGGCAGGUUUUUGCUCACGAGACUGGUCAUACCUUUGGUGCUGUUCACGACUGUGAUUCGCAGACAUGUGGUAAGAAAUUGCAGGAUUCAUCUCAAUGUUGUCCGCUGUCCUCGUCAACUUGCGAUGCUGGUGCGAAGUAUAUCAUGAACCCAUAUGCUAGCAACAGUAUGACCAAGUUUUCAGAAUGCACCAUCGGUAACAUAUGUUCCGCCAUCGGCAGAAACAGCAUCAAGUCCUCUUGUCUCUCGGACAACAAGGGCGUCGUGACCAUCAGUGGCAGCCAGUGUGGUAACGGUAUAGUCGAAUCCGGCGAAGACUGCGACUGCGGUGGCGAAGAGGGCUGCAGCGACAACUCCUGCUGCGAUGCAUCAACCUGCAAGUUCAAGGACAAUGCUGUCUGCGAUGACUCCAACGAGAGCUGCUGUUCCAACUGUCAAUUCUCUUCAGCUGAUACUGUCUGCCGCGCUAGCACAGGCGUAUGCGAUAUCGAAGAAAAGUGCAGUGGAAACUCCCCCUCCUGCCCGGACGACAAGUACAAGGAUGACGGCUCAUCCUGUGGCGACAAGAGCCAGGGCCUCAGCUGCGCCAGCGGCCAGUGCACCAGCCGUGACUACCAAUGCCGAACAGUCGUCGGCUCCCUUCUAAACACAAACGACACCUGGGCCUGUGAAAACACCCAAGACCCAUCCUGCACUCUAGUCUGCGGCGCCCCCUCAAUUGCCCACUCCUACGGCACAACACCCUGCAUCAGGAUGAACCAGAACUACCUCGACGGCACACCCUGCGACUCAGGCGGCCGCUGCAGAUCGGGCCAAUGCGAGGGCUCCUCAGCCCUAGGCUGGAUAAAGCAACACGAGAAACUGGUGAUCGGCGUCUGCGUCGGCGGCGGUACGCUUGUCCUCCUCGCCCUCUUCUUCUGCAUAUACAGUCGCUGCCGCCGCAGCGCCGCCCAGCGCAAGAUGCGCAAGGCUAUCCCCCCCGGUACAUACAGGCGGUACAAUGGACCCCAGCCCUCUGCCCGUCCACCCCAGAUGAACCAGUGGCAUGGUGUGCCCAAUGGUGGGUAUCAGAAUGUUCCCCCGCCUGGUCCGCCUAUGUAUCAGAAUAUGCCACCGUCAGGCCCGCCACCGCGCUAUGCUUGA